GACGAAAUAGGCCCCCGCCAGACAAAUGGAAACACGACAGCUCAACUUAGUGUGCGCUCGCUUCUGGCGGUGGAUGGGAAGUAUAUCCGUCGGCGGUCGGUCGUUGGAUCAAUCGGUCAGUUUGGGUCAAUCAAAAAGUGUUGUUCGGUUAUUUCGGAGCCGUUGUUGAUGGUAGUUGGAAGUUCAAUGACUGCCGGAGAAGGACGGUGUGCGGUGUGUGGCGUUUCCGGUGGGAAACGAUGUGGCGGUUGUCAGCAGGUCAGCUACUGCGGUAGGGACCAUCAGCGGCAGCACUGGAAGGCUGGUCAUCGGGAGCAGUGCCGGUGUUUUAAGAUCUCCAAAAACGCAACCCUCGGACGCCAUCUGACGGCAACCCGUCCAAUCAACCGUGGCGAAGUCAUCUACACCGACACCCCUCUUCUGUUGGGUCCAAAAAUUGCCAGCACAGCGGUUUGCCUCGGUUGCCACCGGAGCUUGGCACCGCAAUUAUUGCAACGUUCGACAGAUGACGACGCUCCACAGAUUGAUUUUCAUCACUGUCGCCACUGCAGUUGGCCUUUGUGCGGUCCCGCAUGUGAAACCUCAUCUCAACACAAGGACGAAUGCCCUCUGCUGGCCCGGUCAUCCAAAGCCGUACGUUCGCGGAUCCAUUUCAACCCCACCGAUCCAACCCGGAAAGAAUCUUCCUACUGCGUAGUGGUUCCCCUCAGAGCCCUCCUCCUCAAGCGAUCAAACCCCCAACGCUUCCAGAACACCUUCCUCACCUUGGAGUCGCAUCUGGAAACGCGCCUCAAAACGCCCCUCUACGCGGCCCUCCGCACCAAUCUGGUUCCAUUUGUGCGUGACGUCCUUGGGAUGCGGGCGGAGGUCACCGAGCAGGAGCUGCUGCAAAUUGCUGCCAUUUUGGACACCAACUGCUACGACGUUCGGCUACCGGAGCGGGACGUGAAGGUUCGCGGUUUGUACGAGCUGGGCGCCAUGAUGUCCCAUCAUUGCCGACCGAACACCAAGCAUUUCUUUGAUGAGAAGCUGCGGUUGGUCGUGGUGGCUACAGUGGACAUUCCGAAGGACGGCGUAAUUAGCAUUUCCUACACCCAGCCACUGAUGGGCACCAUUCAGCGUCGCUAUGCCAUCCAACAGGCCAAGUGCUUUGAAUGCGGCUGCGACCGGUGCCGGGAUCCGACCGAGCUGGGCACCUACGUGGGGUCCGUUGUUUGCCCCCUGUGCCACAAAGCCAAGGUUGUCCCCUUCGACCCGUUGGAUCUCCGCUCGGAGUGGCACUGCCAGAGCCGUAAGUGUUCCUUCCGCGAGCCCGCCAUCAAUAUGGUGCGACGAAACGAGCAUCUCCAGGCAACCGUCAUGACGCUGAGCCGUUCGGCAUCGCCACGUGAUGGGUACGAGCGCUUUCUGGUCACACAUUUGGAAGCCCCAAAGGACGAUAACGGUGGCGACGGCGACGGCGACGACAAUGGGAUGCUCCUGCACCCGUGGAAUACCAAUGUGCUGCAGGUGAAGUACGCUCUGACGCAGCUUUACCGGGGAGCCGCCACCGACCAACCGGAAGCUCACCUUCGCCGCCAGGUGGCACUCUGUCAGGACCUGCUGGAGGUGGCCGACCGACUCGAGCCCGGAUUUAGCCCCUUCCGGGGAAAACUUCUGGUCGCACUGCGGGAUGCAUUGCUAAUUCUGGUUGGGCGAGAGGAAGAGAACGUGUCACCACCGCCGCCGGUUGAUUCAAAUGGCGGGCACGUCCGUCCGACGACAUCGGUUACGACAAUGGCGGCUUCGGCGGCGGUGACGACUACGGCCACGUCCAAACGGCGCAGGCAGAAGGGCAGAAUCAAUCCCGAGAUUCCCGCCAACACCGGUUACGAAAAAUCCACGGCACAGCUCCUGCAGGAGGUUGAAACGGAGCUAACGGAGAUGCGGAAGUCGGAUCCAACGUUGGAGCAACAACGCCCAGCCAAAAACACAAUCUCCGUGACGAAAUAAAGAUGGAGCAAAAAAAAACUGAAAGCUACACAGAGAUGAAAUCAAAUAAAUGCUUAAUUCGGUUCCAACCGCAUGGUUCGUGUGGUUCAUUCAAUUUACAUUUGGCAUUUUUUUUUUUCGAAGAAUUCUUCGCGUAAAAGUCUGUGCCUGUCUGUAAGCAUUGAAUUUCCCAGUGAAAAGAUCCUAGCGUAUCCGUGAAUCGUUCGAAUUGAGUAGACAUGGAAAUUUGGAAAAUUUGAUUUAUGAUUAAAUGGAAGAGGCAUUUGCUAGAUUAAAGAAUAUUUUAAUCGUAAUAAAAUCAAUAGUGAUGAAAUGGAUUGACAGUUCCUAUGAAAUCUCCAUCUCACUUGAAAUUUCGCGUUA